CGGCGGUGAGCAGUGGCUGCAAGGGGCGCUGCCAGAUCGAUCGUCACUGGGCGGCCAUGUCGGCGGCCGCCGCGCCGGCGGCGCCUCCGUCGCGCACGCUGGUCGCCGCCCACUGCUGCGCCAACGUCGCGCUCUCCAUCACGCUGGUGCUGCUCAACAAGUGGGUCUACACGCACGUCGGCUUCCCAAACAUGACGCUGACGCUGCUGCACUUCGUGACGUCGUUCGCGCUGUGCGCGCUGAGCCUGCGCGCCGGCCUGUUCGCGGCCAAGCGGGUGCCAUUGCUGGACAUGCUGCCGCUGGCGGCCGCCUUCUGCGGCUUCGUCGUGCUGACUAACCUCAGCCUGCAGUACAACACGGUCGGCACCUACCAGGUGGCCAAGGUGAUGACGACGCCGGGCGUCAUCGCCAUCGGCGCCUGCCUGUACGGCAGGAGCUUCACCUUCGGCGUGAAGCUGUGCACGAUUCCGAUCACCGUCGGAGUGAUAUUAAACUUCUGUUUUGACCUGAAGUUUAAUGUCAUUGGGUUCUUCAUGGCAUGUGCCGGAGUAGUCGUCACUUCAUUUUACCAAGUGUGGGUGGGCCGCGUUCAGACCGAGCACCGGCUGAACGGCCUGCAGCUGCUCCUGUACCAGGCGCCGCUGUCGGCCGGCCUGCUGCUGUGCGUGGCGCCGUUGUUUGAGUCCGUCUCCGAGACCCUCUCCCGUCCGCUGACGCCGCAGCAGACUGCGCUGGUGGUGUGCUCGUGCGUCAUGGCGUUCGUCAUCAAUCUGAGUAUCUACUGGCUGAUCGGCAACACGUCCCCCCUCACGUACAACAUGAUCGGCCACUCCAAGUUCUGCCUGACGGUGGCGGCCGGCUUUAUCGUGUUCCACGACCCCCUCCAGCUGAACCAGAUCAUGGGCAUCAGUCUCACCAUGCUCGGCAUCAUCGUCUACAGCCACCUGAAGAUGAAGCAGUCGGCGUCGGUGCGUUUGCCGACUGUCAACGGUGCCCUCAAACGGUCGCUGAUGUAGGCGCGGCAGGCCGGCCGUCCGCCGCCGCGUGGCGCCCGGCUGACCUCGGCCGGGCGUCACUACAUGGGCCGAGAGUCCCGGGAGGUGUCCAGAAGGAGAGGGGAGGGGACGACACCAGCAGUCGCCAAAGAGAGCCGAGCCGGAGAUGUGGCAGUGUUGGGAAAGGAAUUGGGACGGUAACCAGUGGCAUCGAUACACCUGUGUGAAAAUCGCUUGCGUAAGCGGCCAGUCGUUCUACUGUGAGAUCAUUUGUGUUAUUAUCAGCAUGUUGAAAUGAUGCGCUUUUGUUUCUUGUGGCAUGCUAAACGUUUCGCCGCGUGCCACUACAGGCAUCGUUUACCACAUUUCGCUUAGGGUGGGAGGUGGAUUGUCGUGACGCUGGCGUGGCAGAUUCUUAACGAGCGAGCGGGCUCGCAAACGUCACCCGUGGUGUUUGUCUCGCUUUUUAUGUCAUACUGGCGGGGGGGG